CCGGUGAGAAAGACUCGAGCUCCAUCUUCUGCAUCUCCUUCACCUGAAAGCAGCAAAGCUCUGAACUCGACGGGUUUGUGUCUGACACAAAACCGGGCUGAGAUGGGCUGAAGUCCAGGCGUGAGUUAAUGAAAUGAGGAAAUAAGUAACUGACUCUUUAACACACUCUCUUAGCUGAAAAGCAAGCCUUUGGAGCACGGCUGUAUGCAAAUGGUUCCCACACAGUGAGGGAAGAAUGGUGUUACACUGGGCUGAUCAGACCUCCAAUUCAGGGAACAGCAGCUGGACAUCUGUGGAAUAAAAGCUCCAAACAGAGUUACAGGACAACUAAUGCAUGAUGAUGCUUGGAGGUCAUUUCUGCUGGAUAUCAGGAAACGCCCACAGAUGGAUCUUUGCGUCAGGACCACUCCGGUCUCCUUAACGCCGCUGCGCAGCAGAAGGGCUUCUCUCCUCCUCUGACAGCAGCAGUAAUCUGACCCAGAUCCUUACAGAAUGGCUCCUGGACCGGAUGGAUCCAACUCCAGCAGAGUUCUGGCCAACCAGUUCGUCCAGCCGGCGUGGCGCAUCGCGCUCUGGUCCAUGGCUUACAUCACGGUGCUGGCGGUGGCGGUUUUUGGCAACCUGAUCGUGAUCUGGAUCAUUCUGGCGCAAAAGCGGAUGCGGACCGUCACCAACUACUUCCUGCUGAAUCUGGCUUUCUCCGACGCGUCCAUGGCCGCCUUCAACACGCUCAUCAACUUCAUCUACGCGGCGCACGGAGAGUGGUACUUUGGAGAGGUCUACUGCAAGUUUCACAACUUCUUCCCCGUCACUGCUGUGUUCGCCAGCAUCUACUCCAUGACGGCCAUAGCCUUGGACAGAUACAUGGCCAUCAUCCAUCCGCUGAAGCCUCGUCUGUCAGCAAAGGCCACCAUCGGCAUCAUCUUCUGUAUCUGGAGUCUGGCCGUGGUCCUGGCCUUCCCUCUCUGCUACUUCUCCACCACCCGGAUACUUCCAGGCAGGACCUUCUGCUACGUGGCCUGGCCCCGCGUGGCUGACGACCCGUUCAUGUAUCACAUCAUCGUCACGGUCCUGGUCUACGUUCUGCCUCUAGCAGUGAUGGGCGUCACCUACACCAUCAUAGGGGUGUCGCUGUGGGGAAGCGAGGUGCCUGGAGACUCAUCUGAAAAUUAUCAGGCACAACUCGCAGCUAAACGGAAGGUGGUAAAGAUGAUGAUCAUCGUGGUGGUGACCUUUGCCCUCUGCUGGCUGCCGUACCACGUCUACUUCAUUUUGACGGGCCUCAACAAGCGUCUGGUCAAGUGGAAGUACAUCCAGCAGGUGUACCUGUCGGUUCUGUGGCUGGCGAUGAGCUCCACCAUGUACAACCCCAUCAUCUACUGCUGCCUCAAUGGCAGGUUCAGGGCUGGUUUCAAGCAGGUUUUCCGAUGGUGUCCCUUCGUUCGGAUGUCGAGCUACGACGAGCUAGAGCUCCAAAACACCAGACUUCGCCCGUGUCACCAGAGCAGCAUGUGCACCCUCACUCGAGUUGACACCAGCAUCCUGAGCAAAAACAAGAGCAUCUGUUCCCGUGGAAACAGGUCCAAAGGGAACUCGGAGCAGAACGAUAAAGAUGGAUAGAGAUGAAUUCAGCUGAUACAUGAUGAGUUGUUGUAGUUUUCUCUAAAUUUUCCUAAAUCUGGACAGAACGGCGAUUGUUUUAGAGAACAUUAUCCUUCAGACUGUGAGUCAACACUGCUCAGGAAGCAGAAAAGCUGUAGAAGGAAUUUAGAGGAAAUCAUCUGGAGUAACCGUUUGUCUAGAGGAGCAUGUUGAAGCUCCUGAGGCCAUGAGACCUCCUUAAGCUCUGAAAAGAAAGGAAGUAAAAAGUUGUGGUUUGGUUUAAUGUGAAUUUAAAAAACUCAUAAACUCAUGUUGUUCAUUUUAGAUGGAUUUUAAUACCUGAUUUGCACAAAACAGCCCCAAAACAGAUUCUCCAAGUAGAGAAUGUAGGUGUGAACUGAUUCAUGUAGAUUUAUGACCUGUGAGAAGAAAAGACAUUUCUGUUUGUCAUUUUGACAGAAACAGAUGCCUUUCAUUGGUUUACGAUCAUUUUUCUGAAAAAGCUGCAGCUGAAUCGUUUCUUUAAAGAACAUAUCAUGUUAUAUUUCUAUGUUUUACUGUCAGAAAAUAAGACAUUUGGGUGAGUUAUAAAGUUGGACCCCUUCAACCAGCACCACACUCUGUCUUAAAAAUACCAACAGUUGCACACGCGUCCCAACAGUCGUGAGCUUCAAAACUGCAAAAGUGACACCUGGUUGUGGCUUAUGUGCUUUAGGACCAUGUUGAACUGUGGCCAAAGGUUUUGAGACCUACAUGAAUAUUAAUUCAGCAGUGAUUGUUUUAAUAUUUCUGUCAUUCACAAAACUUUUGACUACAACUGGAAGUUAGAAGUGCUUUAAAUUAUGAUUCUAGUGCCAUGUUUUAAAUGUAUACUAACCUUUUGGCUGAUCUCUGUGACAUUUACUGUGUUUUUUUUUUACAGUUUUCUUGGUUUUGGGCUGCUUGUAUUUUGGUGCAGAUUCAGAAAAACACAAAUUUUUAUUUAACCUGGAAACUUGAGUUGAAGAAACUGACUGUGAAUCUCAUAUUUGUGUUUGUUGGAUUUAAACUCAAAUUAUGUGGAAAAUGUUGAGUCAGACUGGGACUAUCGACCGGAUCUGGAGCAGGAAAGUGUUUGUGACAAAAAUAAAUUAUGAAUAUAUAUAUAUAUAUAUAUAUAUAUAUAUAUAUGUAUAUAUAUAUAUAUAUAUAUAUAUAUAUAUAUAUAUAGUGAUAUUUUAUCCAGUGAUUUUAUAUUGAUAUUCAAAAUCCACGUAUCAAAUUUUUGGAAGAAUAUACAUGCAAAUAUUUGUGUAUUUUCUUUUCUUUUGGUGCAAUUCAAACACAGACCGCUAGUUGGCAGCAGUGAGCAAUGUGUGUUUUGUUUCCACCACUGAAAUAUAAAUCCCUCUGUUGUGGUUCAGAUAACUCACGUUAAAAAUGUUACGUAUCAGUUUGGACUAGGGCUGGGCAAUAAAUCGAAAAUGUAUCGUUAUCGAAAUUUCUGACUCUUGUCGUGAUCAUUUUUCCCAUGUCAAUAAAUUUGAUAAUAAAGAAAUGAAAAGAUG